AUGUUCCGACUGAUGGUCGUGCAGCAACAGCAGCAAGCGCAGCAGCAACAGUCGACGCCAAUCGAAGGCGGCCGAGGGAGAGAUGGAGGCCGAUGCGUGUGCUGCAUCAGCAGCAGCGCACGAGCAGCAGCAGCUGAUAUGUCUGCUGAGCUUGCAGCUAUUCAGACUCUAGAAACGCAGCCGCAGCGCCUACAGCAGCAGAAGCUGCAACAGUUGCAGCAGCGUAGUGGAGGUGGGGUCAUCCGCAGAUUCAUAGAGCCUGCAGACCCCAUGGGUAGAAGAAGGAGGCGAGAGAGAGCAUCGAAGCAGCUGCUUCAGGUGCGGUCUCCCGUCAGAUUUAGCAGUCCCACACGGGCUCCAACUGCAAGGGUUACGCGGCAGCUGCUGCAGCAACAGCAGCAGCAACAGAGGCACCAUGGUGUGGCCCACCCCGCUGGUGCUGAUUCUGUUGCUGCUGUGAUCAGUCGGUUUGUUGCUGCCUGCCGAAGUUUCGAGCGGCACCAGGGACAGCAACGCGAGCACGAGCUGCGGCAGCAACGGCAAGCCAUAGAAGCAGGCACUGCGGAGUAUCUAUUGGCAGCAAGAGCAGCAGUUGCUGCAGCUCCUGUUGCGUGUAUUCAGGCUGCGCUGCAGGCCGUGCAGCAGCAGUCGCUGCCGUUGUCCCUGCUGUUACCAAUUGCUGACGCCUUCUACGCUGCAGCAGAGGAGCGGAUCCAGCAGGAGGAGGAUCUGGCACUGCUUAACCGGCAGCAGCAACAGCAGCAGCAGCGGCAGUCCGCAGAGGACCUCUUGCAGCUCGCUUUGCUGCUGCAGCCGCGCGCUUUUGUUUUAGGUGGGAAGCAGCAGCAGCAACAGAUAGAAGAGCUGCUGUUGCUGUUACCGCCGCAAACACGGCAGCGGCAAAAGCAGUCCCUUAAAGCUGCAUUGCAGCUUCUGGCUCGCCUUCUGCUCCGUGAGUCCCCGCUGCUGCUGCGGGAGUCGGUGCUUGCAAGGGCGUUGUUGCAGGCCUCCGACCAGGGACUGCAGCACCUGGUGCAGCACGCAGCUGCGAAUUCUUUAAGGGACUGCACUGAGAACAGAAGAAUUAGCAGCAGCUGCUACAACGCACGUGUGGCGCUUGGAGCAGCGUUAUUACGUUCAUGUGCAGCUGGUAAGCCGUCUAAAGAGGUAGUCAAUGCGGCAGUCGCGUUCCUCACCCCUGCUGCUGCUGCUGCUGCUGCUGAAUCCCGGUCAGGCAGCGAAUACUCGCUGCAGCAGCAACAGCAGCAACUUGCUGCGUGGUGUGACGUCGCUGCUGCCUUAUGCAUGAAGCUGCAGCAGGCGCAGCUGUUGCAGCAUUUGCUCCCGGCUGUGCAGGCAGCUAUCUGUGCUUCUCUGUGUCGACUGCAGCAGCGGCAGCAGCAGACAGGAGUGGAGACGGUAGACAGCGCAGCCCGCCAGCUGGAGCCGGCAGCAGCAGCGCUUGUACUGGUUCGUGCGAGGGCUGCCUUUGCGGCAGAUGCUGCAAGAGCAGCUGCAACGGGAGGCGACCCUGCAGCAACAACACGAGCAGACAGGAUAUCUACUGCUAACCCAAACCCAAAGACCGAAUUAUUUUCGAGGGCCCUAAAAGGCUUAGCUCAGCAGCAUUAUCAACGACAACAACAGGAACGCAGCGGAGAACUGGCUGCUGCAGUAUCAGCGCUGCAGGAAGCGUUUUUGCGACUAUGGCGGCAGCUGCAACAACAACAGCAACAGCAGCAGCAACGCCGCGCGACGCAUCGUCCUCACCCAUCAUCUCCCUUCAGUUGCGGCACCGGUUCAGCAGAAGACGCAGCUGCAGCAGCUGCAGUGGCAAAAACAGUUGGGACAGCAACAGAAGCAAGCACUCCCACAUCUUCUCAAGCAACAACCGACUUGGAGGCAGUGCUGCUGGGUCUGCUGCAGAAGCUGCUUCUGCUUGCCGAUAUUCCUCAACAGCAGCAGCUAAGCGAAUUCUUGAACUGCAUCUCUCGGGAGGUGCUGCCCGCAUGUGACCUGCAGCAGGCUUUGUUGCUGCUGCAGUGCACAGUGCAACUGCUAGAGUGCUCUCAGCUGCAGCAGCAGCAGCAUCAGCCGACCCUUCACCUGGGGUCAUUUGUUGAUUCUCUGCUUCUGGCAGUUGUCCGGGGUAUAAAGAGGCAUAAGCGCGACAACAGCAGCAGCAGCACCGGCAGCUCCAGCAGACUCCGCGGGCUAGGGUUCCUCGCAGACACUCUCUUUUCCCCGUCACUGAAACGGCAUCUGCUGCUUCCUGGUUGUGGUAGUGAUGCUGCUGAUGCUGCAGCGUCAGCCCUAGUUGAUCAGUUGCAGUUCGAGAUCCAGCUGCUACACCGUCAGCAGCACCUGGGCAUAAAGCAUCGGGUGGCACUGCAGGAGCAAGUCGUGCUUGCAGUUCUUAGGACAGUGUGCGGGGCUCAUUCUAUUGGCGAAAGCAAGAGCGCUGUGCAACCGGCAGCAGCAGGGCCGGGUGAAGUAGCUCAAAGUGGAGCAGCAGCAGCAGCAGCAGCACCAGCAGACAUUUUCCGUUUCUCUUGCUGCAGCCCACAGAUGCUGCGGGUGCUCACCGAAACGAUGAUUUUGCUACACAGUACCGGGGAGGCAGUCGUUGCUGUAGCAGCAAGGGCUUCCACGCCGGAAGCAGCGGCUGCUGAAUCGCAGCAGCAGCCGCACUUCCAAGCUGCAGCGGCACAAGCAGUGAAAAGGCACUCCAAUAGUUUAGUCCUUGCUGCUGCUGCUCUCGCGCGGUGCCUGCAGUACAGCAGCACCGGCGACCCCGCGAUUGUGCAGGAACGCUGGGGCGUCUUUGGUCUCCUUGCUAGGCUGUAUGACUCUGCUGCAUACUUCUUCUCGCGGUGCAACGGCGCUGCCGCAGCAGCCGACGCAACGGCGGCCUUAACUGCAGAGCAGGUCAGCUUGGUACUGAUGGUGCAGCUACCGAUGUCGGUGCUCGUGCUACUUCAGUGCCAUUUGCUCCUUUUAGAGGGCUGUAUGCAGCAGCAGCUUCUGGUCGGCGCAGGAACAGAACUAGCUACCGCUUUUGCGGGUACCUCUUUUGGGGGUAGCAUGCCGCAGACAACAGCAGCAGCUGUUGCUGCAGCAGCAGCAGCCACGCGUUCCCCCGCUGCCGAGCGGCUGCUGCGAGGCAUUCAAAGGGGCCUCCGCUCGUGCAGUCUGCGGACGGAGUCUCUCGAAGUUGUUGGGGCGGCCACACACCUGCUAGGCAAGAUUCAGAGUGUCGCUCAACAAGGUUAG